AUGACGACCAUGGAUCUUCGCGUCGGUAACAAGUACCGUAUCGGUCGAAAGAUCGGUUCAGGCUCUUUCGGUGAUAUUUAUCUCGGCACCAACAUAAUCUCUGGAGAGGAGAUUGCCAUCAAGCUCGAGUCCGUCAAGGCCAAGCACCCCCAAUUGGAGUAUGAGGCCCGUGUCUACAAAUCUCUGGCUGGUGGUGUCGGCAUUCCGUUUGUUCGCUGGUUCGGUACCGAGUGUGACUACAAUGCCAUGGUUCUCGACCUCCUCGGUCCCAGUCUGGAGGAUCUCUUCAACUUCUGUAACCGAAAAUUCUCCCUCAAGACCGUCCUUCUCCUGGCCGAUCAGCUCAUCUCGCGUAUCGAGUACAUCCACGCCAAGUCCUUCAUCCAUCGAGAUAUCAAGCCCGACAACUUCCUUAUGGGCAUUGGCAAGCGUGGCAACCAAGUCAACGUUAUCGAUUUCGGCCUGGCCAAGAAGUACCGAGACCCCAAGACUCACUUCCACAUUCCUUACAGAGAGAACAAGAACCUUACUGGAACUGCUCGUUACGCAUCUAUCAACACUCAUUUGGGUGUUGAGCAGUCCCGGCGAGACGAUAUGGAGUCUCUGGGCUACGUCAUGCUCUACUUCUGCCGUGGUUCUCUUCCCUGGCAAGGUCUGAAGGCUGCUACCAAGAAGCAGAAGUAUGAUCGCAUCAUGGAGAAGAAGAUGACCACCCCUACCGAGGUCCUUUGCCGUGGUUUCCCUAACGAGUUUGCCAUCUAUCUUAACUAUACUCGAUCCCUCCGCUUCGAUGAUAAGCCCGAUUACAGCUACCUCCGCAAGAUCUUCCGAGAUCUCUUCGUUCGUGAGGGCUUCCAGUAUGAUUACGUUUUCGACUGGACCGUCUACAAGUAUCAGAAGAACGCUCAGGCUAUUGCCCAAGCCGCUGGCCAGGCCAACCCUGAGGACGAUGAGAAGGCUCGUGCCAACCGUACCAACGCCGCCACUGCCGGCCAGUCUGCGGCCAAGCCCAACGCCAUUCCCAGCACCCGCCGCAAGAUGCUCGAGCGAGGUUCUGGCGCUGGCGUUGACACUCCCGACACCAACCGUGCCAUUGGUGGAAGCGACAGGAUGUGA